AUGGCAGCCGACACAAUUACUCGCGUAGAGUUUGAGGACGCAAUCACUCGCGUCGUGAAUAACCGCAGCCGAACGUAUAGCAACUCUUUCGCGCUGAGUGUACGUUGGGAAAGGGACAACACAGAUGCGGCCGUGGACACCGAGAAUUUUCAGGCCAUCCUGAGCACGCUCAACCUCGACCAAGCCGAGGUUGUGGUUCUAGGGGAACAGGAUGUGACCCCAGGCUGGGCACUGGACGAUGCGAUUCGGCGCGUCUUCCGACGUGCAGCAACAGCGCCUGGAAAAUCUAUUGUCCUGAUUCACUAUGCUGGGCAUGGGGCGGUAAACACUGGACAGCUCUUUGCUGUUGAAGGCCGGUCCCGCCGAAGCCUCAAUUUCCAGAGGAUCAUUGAUUCCGCGGUGGCGGGGGAUAUCCAGGGCAUAUCGGAAGACAUGGAUAUCGGAGACACAGACACCAUCUUCGUCCUGGAUUGCUCUUAUUCGCAUGUCGCAACGCGGGCAUCUAAUCCCACGACUCGCACGGUCGAAGUUCUUUCUGCGAGCGAUGACAGCACUCCCGUGGCCUUUGCACCACCGCGCAAUACCUUGACCGGAAAAUUGCGGGGCGAGAUUGCUCGGUGCAAGCGCGAUGGCCAUCGCUUCGUGAUAUUUUCGGAAGUUAUGGCGGCUAUUCGAGCGAACAGCCCCGCUGUCAAGCCAACCCAUCAAGUGAAGUUAGGGGUAUCCGUCUGCUUCCCUUUCACUGGCGUCACGCGGGUUCAUCCGAGCACGAUCACCCCUUCUCUGCGUGCAGUGUUUUCGGUUCGUAUCACCGAAAACAUGACGCAGGAACAGCUCCAAAGGUUCCUCACGUGGAUGGAGACCCUCCCACCUGCGUACACCAUAGAACUCGACGGGAUCUACAGCACAACCUCGACUUUCCUCAUCUUUCAGAGCGCAUAUGCGCUGUUCGCGGAUCUUGCUGGCUAUCCUGGUGUCACCUUUAUCUCGGAUGUGACAAGCCCGAACCGUCGUAAAUAUCUCGACGAAGAGCAGUGA